AUGCCACCGGUCAAGGACGUGAUCAUAUUCGGAGCGCACGGACUCAUAGGCCAGCAAUUGAUCAAAUUGAUCUCGCAAAAACCGCCACUCAAGGCAACAGCAGUGGUGAGAAACGAGACACAAGCGCAAGCAAUUGCAAAUUCAAACGUCACUACGACAUACUUGACCCUCGACCAAGCUUCAGUCGCUGACAUAUCGCAGGUGAUAAAGGGGCACGACGCAGUUGUAAUUACAGUAGGGUCUAGAGGCAAGAAUCUUUUGCAAGUGGACUUGGAUGGAGUCGUCAAGACAUUUGAAGCGAGUGUCGACGCCAAAGUUCGCAGGUUGGUCUUGAUCAGCGCUGUUCGCGCAGAGAACCGCGAGUACAUCGACAAUUCCUCCAUCAGGGACUACUAUAUCGCCAAGCACUACGCCGAUCGGAUCUUGAUCAAUGAGUUUGGACACAAGUUGGACUAUACGAUUGUCAAGCCCUCGGCGUUGACAAAUGACGGCGCAACGGGCAAGAUCAAAGUGUUGAGUGACACUGACGACAACUUGGGCAAGAUUGCAAGAGCCGAUGUGGCGCAACUGCUCUUGGACGUGUUGGACUUGGAGGAGACGUUUGGCAGAAGCUACAACAUCACAGGUGGAGACGAGCCAAUUGACGACCCUAGCACCUGGAAGUAG